GAUGGCGCGCGUGUGAAAAAUCGCGUCACGUACGUACAUAUAUCGCACGCAUCGAUAAGAUCGGACCGUUUGACGCGUGAAAUCUCGUCGAUUGUCGAAAUCGGAUCACGCGGACGCGAGGAGCGAUUCUCCGCGACGUGCGAUCGUGUGUAGGCGCGUCAGCUGUCAAAGUCCUCGCCGCCUCGUGUGCCUGGCAUCGCAUCGGCCGUUCCAUUUCGCAGCCUCGUCGACGCAGCCAUGCAGGCGCAACAGCAGACGCAGCAGCAGCAACAGCAGCAGCAACAACAGCAGCAGCAGGGUCACCAGCAGAUAGCGGGCACCAAUGUGAUAUUGAAGAUGAACGAGAUUCAGCAGCUGUCGACUGUCGGGUUGCUGGAACUUGCUCAUAGAGAAUAUCAAGCAGGAGACUAUGAAAAUGCUGAAAGACACUGUAUGCAGCUAUGGCGACAAGAAACAAACAAUACUGGUGUUCUUCUUUUGCUCUCCUCAAUACAUUUCCAAUGUAGAAGGCUAGAAAAAUCAGCACAUUACAGCAGUUUAGCAAUAAAGCAAAAUCCAUUGUUGGCGGAGGCUUACAGCAAUUUGGGGAAUGUAUAUAAAGAACGCGGACAACUACAGGAAGCACUGGAGAACUAUCGUCACGCUGUCAGAUUGAAGCCUGACUUUAUUGAUGGUUACAUCAACUUGGCUGCAGCGCUCGUUGCAGCUGGUGACAUGGAACAGGCUGUUCAAGCAUACGUCACAGCACUACAAUACAAUCCCGAUCUUUAUUGUGUGCGGAGUGAUCUUGGUAAUCUUUUGAAAGCAUUAGCAAGACUUGAUGAAGCAAAGGCCUGCUACUUGAAGGCGAUUGAGACGCGACCGGAUUUUGCGGUUGCUUGGAGCAAUCUUGGAUGUGUAUUCAACGCACAAGGGGAAAUAUGGCUCGCAAUACAUCACUUCGAGAAAGCAGUUGCCUUGGAUCCAAACUUCUUAGAUGCCUAUAUCAAUCUUGGAAAUGUUUUAAAAGAAGCUAGGAUCUUUGACAGAGCUGUUGCUGCUUAUCUUCGCGCAUUGAAUCUCAGUCCUAAUAAUGCAGUCGUACAUGGAAACUUGGCGUGCGUUUACUACGAGCAAGGGCUCAUUGAUUUGGCCAUCGACACGUAUCGCCGUGCUAUCGAACUGCAACCAAACUUUCCAGAUGCUUAUUGCAAUUUGGCAAACGCCCUCAAAGAGAAGGGCCAAGUGGUCGAGGCGGAAGAAUGUUACAAUACCGCCCUCCGACUUUGCCCGACACACGCAGAUUCUCUCAAUAAUUUGGCCAACAUAAAACGCGAGCAAGGCUACAUCGAGGAAGCGACUCGCUUAUAUCUUAAAGCUCUGGAAGUAUUUCCCGAGUUCGCAGCUGCUCAUAGCAAUCUAGCUUCUGUCUUGCAGCAACAAGGCAAAUUAAACGAGGCGCUAAUGCAUUACAAGGAGGCAAUUCGCAUACAACCGACUUUUGCCGAUGCUUAUUCAAAUAUGGGAAACACGCUCAAAGAGAUGCAGGAUAUACAGGGCGCUUUGCAAUGCUACACACGGGCUAUCCAAAUCAAUCCGGCCUUCGCCGACGCUCAUUCCAAUUUAGCAUCGAUUCACAAAGAUUCCGGCAACAUUCCUGAAGCGAUACAGUCUUACAGAACAGCGCUGAAGCUAAAACCAGAUUUUCCUGACGCUUACUGCAAUUUGGCGCACUGUUUGCAAAUAGUGUGCGAUUGGACGGACUACGAAGCCAGAAUGAAGAAGUUGGUAUCUAUCGUUGCCGAGCAAUUGGACAAGAACAGACUACCCAGUGUGCAUCCGCAUCAUUCUAUGCUUUAUCCCUUAUCUCAUGAGUUCAGGAAGGCUAUCGCUGCUAGACAUGCUAAUCUUUGUAUCGAAAAGAUCCAUGUUCUCCACAAACAGCCGUACAAAUAUCCGCGUUCGAUCUGCGCACGCUUGAAGAUUGGAUAUGUUUCGUCGGACUUUGGAAAUCAUCCAACUAGUCACUUGAUGCAGUCGAUUCCUGGCUUACACGAUCGCGAGAAUGUCGAGAUUUUCUGCUAUGCACUUAGUGCGGAUGAUGGCACAACCUUUCGCGCAAAGAUCGCGCGUGAAGCCGAGCAUUUUGUCGAUCUGUCACAGAUUCCCUGUAACGGCAAGGCUGCCGAUCGCAUUAACGCUGACGGCAUCCAUAUUCUGGUGAACAUGAAUGGUUAUACAAAGGGUGCCAGAAAUGAAAUCUUUGCCCUGCGACCGGCGGCGAUACAAGUCAUGUGGCUGGGUUAUCCUGGCACUUCUGGCGCAAGUUUUAUGGAUUAUCUCAUUACAGACGAGGUCACCUCACCGCUGGAGCUCGCCAAUCAAUAUAGCGAGAAGCUCGCUUACAUGCCACACACUUACUUCAUUGGUGAUCACAAGCAAAUGUUUCCUCAUCUGAAAGAACGUUUAAUCCUGGCGGAUAAAUCGAAUCAUAAAGGCAAGGUAGCCGAUAAUGUGGCAGUAAUUAAUGCCACGGAUCUUUCCCCAAUGAUCGAAAAUACUUUAAUAAAGGAGAUUCGCGAGGUAAUCGUACCAGAUGCGAAGAAACAACCCGUUGAGAUUUCGCUUAAAGUUGCUGAGCUACCGACUACCACCCCGAUUGAAACAAUGAUUGCUUCCGGCCAAUGCCAGAUGUCCGUGAACGGUGUUGUUGUGCAGAAUGGUAUGACCACUACGCAAGUAAAUAACAAGGCUGCCACGGGCGAAGAGGUACCUCAGAAUAUUGUGAUCACAACUAGGCAACAGUAUGGCUUGCCGGAAGAUGCCGUUGUUUAUUGUAAUUUCAAUCAGUUAUAUAAAAUUGAUCCGCUCACUCUUCAUAUGUGGGCACAUAUCUUGAAACAUGUGCCAAACGCUGUGUUGUGGCUGCUACGUUUCCCGGCGGUCGGUGAACCCAAUCUCCAAUCGACUGCACAGCAAUUGGGUCUGACACCCGGUAGAAUUCUGUUCAGCAACGUCGCUGCUAAAGAAGAACAUGUAAGACGAGGCCAAUUAGCUGAUGUAUGUCUAGACACGCCACUUUGCAAUGGACAUACGACCAGUAUGGAUGUUUUGUGGACCGGAACACCAGUGGUCACACUACCCGGUGAGACUCUAGCUUCUCGGGUCGCUGCUAGUCAAUUGAACACUCUCGGCUGCCCGGAUUUGGUAGCGCGAACACGACAAGAGUACCAAGAUAUCGCUAUUAGGUUGGGUACUGAUAGAGAAUAUUUGAAAGCAACAAGGGCCAAAGUUUGGAAGGCCCGCUCGGAAAGCCCGCUGUUUAAUUGCAAGCUAUACGCGAUGGGCAUGGAAAUGCUGUAUACAAAGAUGUGGGAACGUUUUGCACGCGGAGAAAAUCCCGACCACAUAUCGGCUGUUGAUAAGAAUGACAACCAAACAUCGUUGAGCAUGUCUUAAAAUAAUUUUUCCGACAAGUGUCAUAUAAUUACUUUAACUUCGACACUUUGCGAUUAAAGAUUCUGCAGGAAAUUUAGAAUUUA